AUGACGAAUCUAUGUCAGGAUAUCGUAUUAAGCAUCGUUUUUAGGUUGCCUGUGAAGUCGAUUUUACGGUUCAGGUGUGUAUCCAAAAACUGGUGCAAGUUAUUGAAAGACCCUGGUUUUGUUAAAAAACACCUAAAUCAUGCAAUUGAAAUGAAUAAAUUCAGUUUAAUGAUACACCCAGAAGGUGAUUUUCAUAAAAACACCUACACUUUAGCUUAUGAUCACUCUUCAUCUACAUUAAGUAACUGUGUUGAUAUAAGUUAUCCUCGUGGAGGUUACUUUUGGGGAGCUUGCAAUGGCCUGAUUUGUUUAACCACCACUUGUGAGAGUUAUAUGGUCUUCCUUUGGAAUCCAGCUACUAAGGAGUUUAAGGAACUACCUGUACCAAUUAGGUCAGAGGAUCGAUUUAGUUACACUUAUCAUGGAUUUGGUUAUGAUAAUAAGAUUGAUGAUUUUAAGGUUAUAAGCUUUUUGGUGUUCCAGGAGGAACCUCAUUGUGAAGUUCAUUUAUAUACAUUAAAAUCUAACUCAUGGAGAAAGCUUGAGACUAUACCUUACGACACUUAUCCAGAUCAACUUGAUAUAGCUCAAGUAAGUGUUAAUGGAGCUAUGCAUUGGUUAGCAAAAACUGGCUCUGACACCCGCAAACUCAUUGUCUCUUUUGAUUUUAAGGAUGACAGAUUCAAUAUGAUGCCCCUACCCAGCUUUUUAGCUGAAUAUGGACUUUGUGGAACAAAUUUAUGUUCGUUGGGAGGGUCUCUUUGCUUACAUGGUUCUACCCGGUGUGAUGGAAUUGAUGUAUGGGAGAUGAAGGAGUAUGGAGUGACUGAUUCUUGGACUAAACUAUUCUCCAUUAACCAAGAAACUAUCUGUCGGUUCUCUGAGUUGGUUCCACUUCUAUUAGUCAAGAAUGGCGAGGUUUUACUAGGAUAUGACAUUGAUAUUGGUUUUCAUCUAGAUUUGUAUGACCUAAAGCGUGGAAACUCCAUAAAUCUCAAGGCUCAUGCUAACCGGAUCGAGUAUGCUGCUACCACUUUUGUCUAUGUGGAGAGCCUUGUAACCCUUAAUUCGGGUACUUAUGUUGAGCUACCAGAAAUAGAAGACCCUAAAGCUAACGCAAGAAAAAUAGAUCUGGAUAGCCUCACUUCAAGUGCUCAUGGUGGGGGAGUAGAUGGAGGAGACUCGGAAGAUGAUGAUGACUCAGAGGAAGAAGAGGAAGAAGAGGAAGAGAUCGCAGAAGGACUUCCUACAAGUCCAAAAUCAGUUGAUGAAUCUACGGAAACCAAAUAA